CUUCCUUCUUGUCCUUGGAAAUAAAAAAAAAUGGACAAGCAAAACCGCCGAGAGUUUUUGCCAGUCUUCGUUGUCGUAGGGUUGUCAUAAUCCUCGUUAUAUUCAGGAUCACUGUCAUCAAGGACAAGAGCGAGCACUUCUUCACGACUGUAGCGAGCCGCCAUUUUGAAAACCCCGCCAGACUCACGCGUGCAUCCGCUGAUCAAAAGUACAGGCGAACAUUGCCGAUUUUAGGACACUUUGUGCCCGGCGUGAAACAUGGUGGUCAGGUCUUGUUGAUAGAACAUGGUGGUCGGGUCAUGUUGAUAGAACAUGGUAGUCAGGUCAUGUUGAUAGAACAUGGUGGUCAAGUCUUGUUGAUAGAACAUGGUGGUCAGGUCUUGUUGAUAGAACAUGGUGGUCAUGUCAGGUCAUGUUGAUAGAACAUGGUGGUCAGGUCAUGUUGAUGAAACAUGGUGGUUAGGUCAUGUCGAUAGAAGUAAUCUGAUCACAUCCGUUGCAUGCCAUUAUCACGUUAGUCGUACCGUGUUAUCACAAGCUCAAGCUAUGGACAUGCGGACCUUAGUAAAGCGAAAAUCCGACGUAAGAUGAGGUAUCUGAUCAUCCUGCUGUUGACUCAGUUAGACUUCACUUGCUCAUCUGAUGUCUCACCUCUCGGUGAUGGCUUUUACUUCUCCGAAAACGAUGUCCUCUCAUCUGACCUUAGGCCUCAGGGAUACACCAUUGCACAAAAUAUCCCUCCACACUGCAUCACGAGAUACUCCAGGGCCGAGUCAGGUGAACAGAGUACUUACCACCGUUCCACCAAGGAAUUCUAUGCCAAUUUUGCCGAUUCUGCCGAUCUAGAAGAUGAGCUCAGAACAGACCUCGCAUUCAAAACCUCAUACGACAAGGUCACGAAGGGACUUUCCGCAGGAAACAAGGACAUAUCGGGAUAUUCUCUCAAGCUUUACGCUUAUAGUCACUCCAUAGGUAUAUGUGGUGACUGCCUUAACAACUUUCCCUUUAGCGAGGAUAUAUUAGAGGAAUUUUUCCGGCUUCCAGCUAAAAUCAAAGACCCCUCUUUGCCCUUGUCAUGGUUUGGAUUUGGUUACUUUCUUGGCCGUACUGGCACACACGUGAUAAAAUCGGUGCUGUACGGAAAGCAAAUCCAACAAUACGCCUUCGCCAAGUCUUCCGCUCGGCUGAGACAGUAUGAUUUUCAUAUUAAGGCAUGUUCAUCUCUAAAAAAGGAGUCAAGCGGUAAACUAGCCCCUUGUAGGCGUAUUGAUAAGUCAGAUGGUGAUCGGCUUGAGUUCAUGUCCACCACCACAGUUGUGAGAGGAGGCAGAGUAGAACAACGGGCAGACCUAUUGACCGGGGUAAACGAUGAAAACGCAUAUGAUUUCUUAAGUACCAUUAAUGACGACAAUAUCAGCGCUUUAGAGUUCAAAUACAAACCUAUUUGGGAUCUCUUAAAAAUUAGAUUUUACGGCACCGAACAUUACCCAAAGGCUAAACUUUUGGAGACUUACUUUAAGGCUUUGAAAAAUUUCGGGUGUGAAACUACUAAAAUCGGUUAUUACGUUGUUCAAAAAAUGAGAUAUGCCCCACAAAGUAUUCCUCAAAACCCUAGCUUCCAGUGUGUGAUAAGAAACAAGGGGUGUAUGACAAACAACGAUUGUCAUUACAUCUGGGACAAGGCGUAUUGCUCCUGUAAUGGACCUAGCUGUUUUGAGCAUAAAAUAGUAACGCGUGUGACAGAUGGGGUUAGUAGGGCCACCCCAUACGUAUAUAAUUCUAGGGAAAGAAUGGUUUCUCGGGGCUGUGAAUACCAGUAUGUGCCGGCCGAGUGCCAUUGUGACUCGACUGCUAAGCUCGACCAAGUGAUAUGGUAUAAUAUCUAAUUGUACACAGCAAAAAGACCAAUGCUAAUGCUAAAAUAUUAAGUGAGCUGGCGUACUGUUAAAUUAAACAAUUUAUUAAAUAAGAAACUCCUGCUGGAGCCCCCUCCCAUCCCAAACACCAAGAAAAGUUGCCUGAAAGAGGAGUGAGCUUGGUUUUUUAUUGAACUUUUUCUCAGUAAAGGUGUUCAAGUAAAGUAAUUUUUUCCUCUCUAUCAAGCUCUGUGCGUAUUUGAAGGCUUGCCUGCUUCUGCGCGUAAAAAAAUACUUGCCCAGUAUCCUUGAGACCCAGGGCGUCGCAAAGAUCGGGGACACAGCAGGAAGCGCGCGAGAAAAAAAUUAGGGGGAAAAGACUUCUUUUGCCCCUCUUUCUUUUGUCUUCGCGCGUACUUUCUCUUCCGGUCUCCGCGUCGCCCUGGGUCCCCGAAUAGUCCAGUGUUAUGGUAUACCUGUUGAAUUUGCUAGUUACCAGGCCAUGCGCAGCAGGGCUUUGCUUGUAGUCAACGAAACACGAAUAAAACAUGGUGUAAGAAGCGGGAUUUUGCACACCAAAAAGGCCUCCCAGCAAGCCAAGAGGGCAAGAAUGCUGAGAUAAGUGUUCAAUUCAUAUGCAACGGGCAUUUUUUUGCAUCUGUAUAGUGAGUUUGGCAAUCAUUUCGCCGACUACAUAUAGCCGCCAUCUUGGAUUUUACAGAUCGCAUUGGAUCUUCUCAACAUGGUAAAGUCGCUUCCAACGCCCCAACCCCUCGAAAUGCAGGGAGAUAUGACCACCAACUGGGAAAUAUUCAACGACAGCUGGGAAGACUAUAUUAUCGCGACGGAAGUAAACAAGAAAUCGGAUGCAAUCGUGGUAGCGACUUUCUUGACAGUCAUGGGCAAAGAUUGCUACAGAAUUUAUAAGAAUUUGCCCCUCACCGAUGAUGAACGAAAGUCCCCCACACCUAUUAGGUGAAAUUAGGAGAAAUUAGGUGAGGAAUUCCAGUCCAAGAGGAACAUUAUAUAUGAGAGGUACUUGUACUUUUGCACCGUCCAAGAGCGAAGUGAAAGCUUUGACCGUUUCUUGAACAGACUCAGAGAUCGCAUUGCCACAUGCAAGUACACUACUCUUGAGAAUGAAAUGUUAAGGGACUGGAUUGUAUUUGGGGUUAACAGCAGUGACACCCGAUAACGCCUUCUAAGAGAAAAAGAACUAGGCCUAGACAAAGCAAUAAACAUUUGUUGCACAAGUAAAUUGGCAGUUAGACAGCUUCACAAAAUGGAGCCAACUAAGACCGUCCACUAUACGAAGCAAAACAAGUCCAAAUCAAAGCCGAGGCAGAUCACAGACUGCAAGUACUGUGGUGACAGCCAUGCCGCUGAAAAAUGCAAAGCAUUCGGGCAGGUCUGCAAUAAAUGCAGCAAGAAGAAUCACUUCGCUAGAGUUUGCAUGUCCACUCGUCAAGAUCAUAAGGCCUCAACAUAAGCCAAACAAGCAGACAAGAAGUAAACAAGACGUACACCAACUAGAAGAGAGCUCAUGCAGUGACGAUGAUGAUUAAUUCUCCAGCAAUGACAGCCUGUAUAUCAUUCAGUCAAACCAGAAGAAAAGGCAGUAUUUUGCACAAGUGUUAGCUGUGACAGGAGAUAAGACGGCCAGGCAGUCAAUCAAAUUUCAGCUUGAUACCGGAGCAACAUGCAGCACACUAUCCCUUAACGACUACAAUAAGCUGACCAAGAAGCAACCCGAGCAGUCCCAAACUGAGCUGCGAACCUACAAUCAGUCAACCAUCAAACCCAUGGGGCAAGUCAAGCUUCACUGCACAGCAAAUGGGAUCACAAGAAAGGUUCACUUCCAGAUAAUCAAAGAGGCACCAACGUCAUUACUCUCAGGCAGAGUCUGCGAAGCAUUUAAGCUUCUUGAAUUCAAUGAAGAAUGUGUCCACCAAAUCGAGCCAGGUCCAAAAGAACCCCUGACAAACCUGCAUGUCUUACAUGACUACAAGGAUGUCUUCAGUGGACUUUGAAGGCUGCCGGGUACAUACCACAUAGAAACAGAUCCAACUGUGAAACCCAAGCAGAACAAUCCCAGGCAUGUCCCUAUCCCAGUACAGGAUGAAUUGAAGACGAAGAUUGAGGAUCUUGAAGAAAUGGGAGUAAUCGCUAAAGUAACUACUCCAACGCCAUGAAUAGGCAGCAUGGUGGUAGUCCGACAACCAAACAAGCUACGAGUAUGCCUAGACCCAUCGGAGUUGAACCAGGCCAUAAUCAGAAACCAUUAUCCAACUCCAACUAUUGACGAAGUGUCACCCAAACUGACCAACGCCAAGGUAUUCUCAGUAUUCGAUGCAAAAGAUGGAUUUCUGCAAGUUGUCUUGGAUGAGCCAUCAAGCUACCUCAAAACAUUAUGGACACCUUAUGGCCGUUACAGGUGGCUGCCAAUGCCAUUCGGGAUCAAGUCCGCCCCAGAAGAGUUCCAGCGCAGAAUCAAUGAAUGUAUUGAAGGCCUUCCAAACAUCGCAGCAGUCUAUGAUGACAUCAUCAUCUAUGGAACUGGUGAAACAGAUGAAGAAGCAAUGGCAUGUCAUGAUGCAGCUUUCAAAAACCUACUGGAUAGAUGCAAAGAGCACAAACUGAAGCUCAACCCAAAGAAGCUCAAAUUCAAGUUGGACAGGGUGACCUACAUGUCCUCAGCGCAGACGGAAUCUCUGCUGAUCCAGAAAAAGUGAAAGAUAUCUGUGAGAUGCCGCAGCCUGUUGAUAUUGCAGGCGUCCAGCGCCUCAUUGGUGGUGUCACUUACUUGUCCAAAUUCCUUCCUCAGCUAAGCACGGUUGCAGAACCUCUCCGACGUCUGACUUACAAGGACGCAGUGUUUAACUGGCUGCCACAGCACCAGGAAACCUUCGAGAAGAUCAAGAUGAUGAUCACCAAAGCACCGUUACUACACUAUUAUGACGUCAACAAAGAGGUAACCAUUGAAAGUGACAGCUCCAACGUAGGCUUGGGGGCAGUAAUUACACAAGAGGGACACCCCAUUGCCUAUGCCUCUAAAGCUCUCAAUCAGACUGAGCGCAACUAUGCUCAAAUAAAGAACGAGUGCUUAGCAAUCAUGUAUGCAACUGAACGUUUUGAACAUUACAUUCUAGGCAAAGAGAAUGUCAGAGUUCUUACAGAUCACAAGCCCCUAGUCACGAUCUUCAAGAAGCCCAUCCUUACCUGCCCCAAGCGUCUGUAGCGAAUGCGACUGCGUCUACAGAAAUUCUCACUUGCUGUAGAGUACAAGCCUGGGCCCGCGAUGUAUCUCAGUGAUACCCUAUCCCACGCAUCACUACCGCUCGACCAUGCACGUCCAGACACAACAGCCUAUCAGAUAUUCCAGAUAAGUGAAGAAGAGAAGAUACGAGAAGAAAUAGAAGAUAUUGACAUGCAGGAGUCGCCGUUUGUGACUGACGAACGACUUGAAAACAUCAGACGAGAGACAGCCAAAGAUCCCUCACUCCAAACCUUGAUGACAGUCACCAAGCAAGGUUGGCCAGACAACAAAGCUGAAGUACCCAUUUGUAUUUGUGAAUACUGGCCAUACAAAGAUGAACUAUCAACUCAGGACGGACUAGCCUUCAAGGAAAUCAGGAUCGUCAUUCCUUCAACAAUGAGAACCGAGAUGACAACACGAGCAAAUGCGUCACACCUAGGUAUCCAGUACAAUACAAAUACAGCUAGAGACAUCAUGUAUUGGCCAGGCAUGUCAGCUGACAUUACAGAAGCAGUACAGCGAUGCUCCACCUGUCAAAAAAUGCAACCAGCCAGCAGAAAGAGCCAAUGAUGAAACAUCCCAUUCCUCAGCUACCAUGGCAAGCAGUUGCCAGUGAUUGCAUUGAAAUGCAAGACGAACACUACUUGGUCCUAGUAGAUCUGUACUCUGACUACAUAGAACUAGUUCAGCUCCCAGACAUGUCAUCUAAAACUCUCAUCCAGCAGAUAAAACCGAUAUUUGCAACCCACGGGACACCAGCAGUCCUUAUAUCAGACAAUGGAACCAACUACAGCUCACAGGAAUUCCAAGAGUUCACCAAGGCAUGGGAAAUAUAUCACGUAACUGUAAGUCCUCAUCACCACAAGUCUAACGGGAAGGUGGAGUCGGCGGUGAAGAUUAUGAAGAAAGUCAUCAUCAAGGCCAAGAAAGACGGCUCAGACCUGUGGAAGUCACUAUUGGAAUGGAUGGAGAAACUCACCAACUCCAGGAACAUCCAGCUCACGAGCACAACGACUUAUGUCCCGCCAACCAGGUCUAUGUUGCCUAGCAACCAGGCCCUGUACAAGCCCGAAGUACAGGCAGCGGUGACAGAACAGAUCAUCCAAAACCGCAAGCAGGCCAAACACUAUCAUGAUCGCACAGCGAAGUCACUGCCUAGUCUUGUUGUUGGUCAACAAAUAAGGGUGAAGGUUCAUCCACAACAGGCUCAUAGCAAUUGGAAGGCAGGGACAGCGGUUUCCAUGGCAACAACGCCACGCAGUUACGUUGUACAAGUCAAUGGCAGGACGUAUCGCAGAAAUCGGGUACAUUUGCGAGACGCUCAACCUGACCUAGCUGCACAAGACCAUUCUGCUCCAAGGCCAAGCCAUAAAGCAACAAAGUCUUCAGGAAUGUCUACCUGCAGUCUAGCACCAGAACCAAGUGGUCCAGGUCCAUUAGACGCCACGGCACCUGUACUUACAGAACCAGUAGUCACGCGAUCAGGACGAGUUGUGAAGCCUCCACAAAGGCUGAUCAAUGCUCAGUCAUAGUUUACUACGUAGUGACUUUUAAAUGCCAGUCAUAAACUUUGUUAUUUGAAACUGACUUAUAGUUAUAGUUGCUGUUUAGUCUACAAUUGUGUUUAGUGUUUGUUGUCCCUCGAAAGGAAGACGUUAUGGUAUAUCUGUUGAAUUUGCUAGUUACCAGGCCAUGCGCAACAGGGCUUAGCUACGAAUAAAACAUCCAGUUAAUCGGUGGUUUCAGGUGGAACUAAUUGCAAUAGAAUUUCUCUCAGCGGAUUUUAAACAAGUGAUACAAAGUCUCCAAAAAUCUUUUUGGUAAAACAUCCUUAAAUAUGUGAUUUUUCAUUUCGGAGCAAAACCGCAGGGUACUCACAAGACAAAGGAGAUGUCAGAAAGUCCUUUUACCAUUUUGACAUUUCCUUUGUCCUAUAGUCAAUCAAGCGAAAAUCGCCAGCAAUGAUGGCAGGUGCUGGCGCAGUUUGCACGGGGCUUUAAAACAUUAACAGCAUUGCUGGGCCAACGUCUAGCCAGCGUCUCACCAGCAAUGGUCGUCGUGAUGAAAUUUUACCUCAAUGUUUCCUCUUCGGUUAGGAUUCAAGCAGCGCCGUUUCGUUGGUAACGAGAGAAAAAGAGAAGGAAUCGCUUUCUUUUUUUAGUCUUCGUUUGCUAGGAAGGUACAAAUUUUUUGCUUUGAUAUCCCUUUCAUAACUUUCGGCGUUGAAAUGGUCGGAGCAGACGCGGUCACUCUCCGUUAUUUGAUCGUCUGGGAUAUAGCUUUUCCCGAUCAAUUCAAGCCAUUUUUGCCUCUCGGCGAUGGCUUUAGGAAAACGGUGCUGAUAUUCUUUUUACACGAUCUCGUGUCGUUUUGGCAGUUUAAAACAGAACAAUUGACCAUUUUACAACUCUGAAAACCGUAUCACGUUGUCAAAAAGUUGAUGAAACAGCGCACAGAAAACAAUGGGAAGGGUGGGUGGAGGUCACCAUGGCAAAAUACCCACCACUGGGGUACACCGCUGGUAGUUUUUGCGCCGACGUACCAAGCGGUGUUUUUCGGCACUUCUUAUGUAUUUUCUCAAAUAACCGCGCAAAACUUCUUCUUAUCAUCAGACAACUCAUAACUGAAGACCAAAUCAUAUCUAGCAUGCAGUGUUCUUUUAAAUGUACUAAUUGAGACGUGUAUUUCAAUUUUUCCGUUUUAACGACGCGGGUACCCUGUGGUUUUGCUCCGAAAUGGAAAAAUCACAUUCUUUAAUAUUCCAGGAUGUUCGGGACUUAUAGUAUCUUAACUAGGUUGUGUCAACCCGCUGAGAGAAAUUCUAUUGCAAUAAGUUCCACCUGGGCCAUAAAAAAUGUCAUAGAUUGACUGGAAGAGAGGACAGAAUGACUUUCUCAUCAGUAGCGCGAAAAAAGUGGUUUUCCUGUGGUUUGCAUAUCCGCGUAUUCAUGGGACCUAAUCGGAGAACAAAAGAUCAGAAGCAAUCGAGCAGAGGGCUUCCACGUUUGACUUGGCCAUCUCGGGGCAAAUUAACCUCGCGAAAAUGGUGGAACUUAAUAAUCCCAAGUCUCCCGAGAAAUACAAGAUGGAUGUACAGCUUCUACUUAUACCUGGUGUUAUUUUAGCAAUUCUUAUAAUUUUCUUCAUCUACAAGAUUAUAAAGUCAAACAAGGACAGAGAAAAGGCAAAGGAGGAGAAGAAAAAGGCUAAGAUGGAAAAGAAGAAGAAAUGAAGUCAAUAAACAUUAUUAUUUAAAAUCAAGAAUUCAUCAAUUUGAAAGUAGUGCUAUGAGCCAAAAACGACUCAUCAACAAUCAGACAUUACACAAGUGGAACUAGUAGUCACAGCAUCACGAGCAAAUAUGUAGAUAAUUUACAUGAAUUUUUAACCUCUAUAAACACAUGACAAAUAUUGUAAAUUGUAUACAUACAUCAAAAACGUUUUGGAUUAAGUUAUAAAUGAUAGUAUGAUACUCUAUGCUUUGAAUCAAAGAACAGGCCAGAAUUAUAAACUUUUGUUACAGUG